AUGAGUGCUGGCCCCCAGGUGCAGCUGGCUGUCCUCUGGCCUUGGCUGCUCAUGGCGACCCUGCAGGCAGGACUGGGCCACACUGGGCUAGCGCUGGCGGCGGCCGUGGAAUCGGAGCGGGCGGCGGCGCAGAAAGCCAUCAUCAGGGUCAUCCCGCUCAAGGUGGAGCCCAUCAUCCUGGAAGGGGAGUUCGCCAAUGUCGCCGAGGUGACUCCGGCCGAAGGGAAACUGCUCCAGUCCCACCCACUAUCCCUGUGCAACACCAGUGAGGAUGAACACACAGAAUCGGGAUUCAUCACCAUUGUCAAGCUGGAACAACCGGAUAGGGAUCCCAACCCCUGCCUGUCCCUGGCCAACAAGGCAAAGCUGGCAGGGGAGCGUGGAGCUCGUGCGAUCCUCUUCGACAUCACCGAUGAUGAAAGUGCUGCUGAUCAGCUGAGGAAGCCCAGAGGCCUGAGCCAGCCCGUAGUCCUGAUCAGGGGCCAUGACGCUGAGCUCCUCAUGGGUGUUGUGAACAAGAACAGAGAGGCCCAUGUGAAAAUAGAGGUCAAGGAGCCACCAGCUUGGCCAGACUACGACGUGUGGAUUCUUCUCACAGUGGUCAGCACUGUGGUCGUCAUCAUUUUAAUUUUUGUUGUCCGCACAAAGUGCCAGCUGAACAGGACUCAGGACUCGGUGCAGCAGCAGACCCUGCAGGCCAUCGGGCAAUUGGCCACGCGCCGCUACCAGCCCCGGGCACGGCCAGCCCCACGCUGGGACUCUGCCAGCAGCUGCAGCUCCACCCCGGUCUGUGCCAUCUGCCUCGAGGAGUUCAGCGAGGGGCAGGAACUGCGGAUCAUCUCGUGCUCCCACGAGUUCCAUCGGGAGUGUGUUGACCCUUGGCUGCAGCAACACCACACGUGUCCACUUUGCAUGUUCAAUAUUCUUGCCAGAGACUCGGGGGACCAGGCCAUGGCUGCCAGCUCCAGGCUGGUCCCUCAGGACAUGGAGCCUGGGCGACGACUCCACCUUUUCCGCCAGCAUCCAGGACAUGCCCUUUACCACCUCCCACAUGCAUAUCCUCAGAGGAACCUCAGGAGCUUUGCCCCAGGGCCAGCCCACGGCAACCCCUUCUUCCACUCUCCAGAGCUCUCCCAGCUGGAUUUUGGCACCAUCCACUACAUGCCCUACAGACCAGCCACCUCCCUGCUGGCCUGUGGCCACAUGGCCCCGCUGGCCCCGGGCUUGCUGGAGGAGCAGCACCCCAACCCCUCUGCAUGUGGACAGGUGCUGGCACCCCACAGGACGUGUCCCCUUCAGCCUCAACCCCCCUGUCUGGCGCCCAAGGCAGCCUUGGCACAGAAGCAGCAUCGUGUGCCCGCCCUGCGCCGGGGGCUUGGCCACGGGCACCAGCACAACAGCAGUGGCUCUGGGGAGAGCUAUCUCACAGAGCACAGCGGGUACCUGGCUGAUGGGCCAGGCAGCGACUCCAGCUCGGGGCCCUGCAACGGCUCCUCCAGUGACUCCAUGUUGAACUGCACGGACAUCAGCCUGCAGGGCAUCCACGGCAGCUGCUCCACCUUCCGCAGCUCCCUCAGCAGCGACUAUGAUCCCUUCGUGUACUGCAGUUCUGAGGGCCCCACUGCAGACCGUGGCCAGGAGCAGCUGCAGCUGCCCAGGGAGAGGCGGCCCCAGUCCUUGGACUUGAUGGUGCCAGGGGGGGCUGCUCUGGCCAAGCCCCACGUGCUCAGCCACGUCCACUACCACCACCACCAGCACCACCACUACAGGCGGGAUGCAGAGUGUCCCCCGGGGCGGGCCAGCCAGGGGCUGGGGCCACGCAAAUCCCGGUACUCCGGGGCCAAGGUUGCCUUCCACAGUGCUCGGACACAAAAGAGGACUGAGAAAAGCCAUCACUCUCAGCAGCCUCUGGAAAGCAGUGGAGUGCUGCAGGAGGCAGCUCCAGCAGGACAGCCAGCCUGUCCCCAGGAAGGCUGGGAGCUCCCUCACUCCCCUUCCACUUCUCCAGACAUGUUGGACUUCAGUGUUGAUGCCAACAGACUAUUGGGAGCAGCUGGCACACACUCUGUCCCACUGCCCCCCAGACAUAGCUCACAGAGCAGGCAUCACCGAAGGAAAAGGAAGUGUGCCCUGGAGCCUGACCCUGCUCUCCUGGCCAAGGACUCAGCCAAGGCCGGAGCCUGCGACACUCACCUUCCUCCUGGCCAUCCUGCUGGCUACCACUGCUCUCCUGAAGCCCAGCCACUGAUCCCAAGCGCUCCCCUGCCCAGCGGCUCCCAGCUGCUCUGGAAGUGUUUAGUGUCACAGUCCAGCUCCGAGCUGAGGAAGCAGGAGGAGGGCUUGUCAGGACGGGAGAGAAACGGCUCAGUUCCUGCAGAUUUCUCAGGGACGGGCGCCCCCAGAAACAGUCUGAGUGUCCUCCACCUUCACUGCCCAUCUCAGCAGGGUGGUCAGGGAUCUGAAGAGGAGGUCCAGGAUGUUCAUGAACACUCAGUUUAA